GAAACGCGUUGAUAUUAUUUGGCUGCUAUAAAUAUGCACGUGAUAAGCCACUUCGUUGAGCGAUCAUACGUGGCCACGUCGCUUCUGAAAAAGCGAAUAGCUCGGUGGGCCUUCCCUUGUAAAUAUCUUUUUAAAUUACCUGAUGAUUGCAGCUUCGAAUCUUACAGUGACAGAUAAGUGUAUUUUGCGGGCUGUUUGGAAGUGGUAGGCCUUGUGGCCGUGGGCCAUAUGAAAUGAGGGCCGGAUGCAGCCUGCGAGUCGUCGGUUGUCUACCCUUGCCCUGGAGGAACGGGUCAUCGCCACUGCCCAGAGGAGUGACACGAACCCGCACACGGGCUGGACUCCCCCACUGCUGGCACCGUCUCUAAGUUUAGCGCACCCACCCCCUGCACGGUCGUGACGGCACACGGAAUGGGAUGCCCGACGGCUGAUGACCAUGUCCUGGGGUCGCAACCACGACACCAAUGCCAACAUGGUCAGUUACUUGCGAGAGAACUCAUUCGCCUCCUCGGAGCGAGUGAUCGGGGCCAUGCUGGCCACCGACCGCGGACUCUACACCCUCAUGAACCCAUACGAAGACCUGCCCCAGCCAAUAGGCUAUUACGCGACAAUAAGUGCACCCCGCAUGCACGCGUUUGCACUGGAGUUGCUGCAGGAUAGGCUGCAGGAGGGAGCCUCGGCGCUGGACGUGGGCUCUGGGAGCGGCUACCUCACUGCCUGCUUGGCCAGGAUGGUCGGGCUGAGGGGCCGUGUCAUCGGGGUGGAGCACAUCUCUGGGCUGGUGGACGACUCUUUGGAAAAUAUCACCCGGGACGACCCCUCGCUCAUCUCCUUGGGCCGAGUGUCCAUCAAGCUUGGGGACGGGCGGCUCGGCUACCUGGAGGGGGCACCGUACGAUGCCAUCCACGUGGGUGCAGCAGCAGCCAUCGUGCCACCCGCGCUCCUGGACCAGCUGAAGCCGGGGGGGCGCCUGGUGCUGCCCGUGGGGACAGCGGGCGGCGACCAGAUGCUGGAGCAGCACGACAAGUUGGAGGACGGCACCAUCAGGAGCAAGCCGCUCAUGUCCGUCAUGUAUGUGCCGCUCACCGACCGCGACAAGCAGUGGCCGUGAACACCCAUCGGGGGUCGUCGACAUGGGCCGGAGGUUGUAGGUCAUUGUGAGCGGCGCUUCGAUGGUGAAACUAAAUCAAGGGACUGCAUUGGCGGUGAAGACGCCAAGUAAAGAACCCCGCCAUGUUUGUCAUUGACACUGCUUACGAAUGUGGAGUUUUAUUUUAUUCAUAUGGUUUGGGCAAUGAAUGUAGCCAUGAGCGUGGAUUUUUUUGGUAAAUUGUGUCACAGUAUUUUCAGAGUAUGCAUUGAUGUUGUGCAGAGUGAAAGCCGCCACCAGGGAUGAAUUUUCUGUCUUUUGACAGUUUGCAACGAGCCAGUAACCACGGCCGUUUGCAAGCUCAACAGUUUAUUGUAAUUAAAUACCCAGAAAUUACAACGAUCAAUACUUACUAUAAAACCUGCCUCAAAACCUAUUAAAAGUAACAUAAAACAAGCUCAAUAACUAAACUCGAUGCCCUCGAGUUGCAUCACAUCGCGAACGCCCCUCUCUUCACACAGAACCGGGUGCCAAAAACCGAAGCUCAUCACACCCCGCACGUUGGCGUGGGUCGUUAAACCUGGCUCCGUUACCGAGCAGUCCUAGAGAACCUCGGCAUUCGCGGUUCACGCAUGCCUCUUCUUAACGAGCACCAAAGCGUGCGCUCGCAUGGAAGCUGCGCGUUGAGACUUGCGCGGCCCCGAGGUCGCUGGCAAAAUGUACGGUAAGCAUCGAUGGUUCCAGGGCAUCUCAUCGCGCAAUUCAAAGCUACGAGCGUAAAGAUUCACUUGCAGAUUUGAUGAAUAGCCGCAAUAAAAAAAAUCUAAACUUUUUUUUUUACAUUGUAGUCAAUGUAGCGGCCCUGUAGUGGCUUCAGAGGUCACGUUAACAUGUUACACAUACAAAAUAUACUUAUCGAAAAACAUCCGUUCUCGCGCACGCACGGUUUGAUGCACGUACCGAGAGUUCAAAGACGCAUGUCGGUGGAUCAAUGAAUGCAUCGUUAAAGCCCCCUUGAAAACAAUGACUGAACCAACCUGCUCAGGUGCAAAUCGUUUCCUGUGUCUGAGCGCGAGUGCUGGUGCAAUGGGGACCAGCAAAUACAAAAGGUUCCAACAUCGAGCCAAACGCAUGGAAGAGGAAGGGUGAAUCACAAUACUAUUUUAACAUUUUGAACACAUAUACAGUAUUACAUAUUUACAAACACGUCCCUCGUCACUGCCCACAACACCAGAUGCGAACGAGAGCGGUCGGUGUCACCACCACAUUGCCCUCUCUCUUCGCUGUCGAAGUAAUGUCACCACUUAACUUGCCAAUUGCACACGUCGCAUCAUAAAAAAUAAAACCUUGUUCAUCUUGUCUGUAGACAUCUAGCCAUGUUGCGCCAAAUUUACCAAUUACCGGUCUAGCAUACUGGAUCUUAUGUGUGCGGUGGUGGCCGUGUCGACUCUUGGCACAAACCCGACCGUUCAUAUCGACCCCUAAACUCAAAGCCAAUGCAAUGAAAAAUGAAAAUAUUUAAUCAACAAUCCAAUGGCCAUUGUGGAGUGAGGCCAGCGAUGUGUAAUGUGCCAAGUUCGCAUGCAGUGGUGAGAGACGGAUGCCCCAUGAGGAACUCAAUGCUGUUGGUGCAGAUCUGAGCCCAGGCCUGCUGCAAAAACCAGGCACGUAACGAUUCACUUUCCUGGCGAAUCGGUCUUCACGAUUUGAUAAUUGAUAUUGUUAUUGCCUCGUUUGUAGUUUCUCGUUUCUAUCACCCAACUCAUCUGUCCUGCCGAAUUGUGUCACGUUCAUUCCAUUGGUCCAAACCGAAAAUCACCAAAAAUGUUAUUGUGGUCUAAAUGUAUAUCAGCAUAAAGUUCCUGUUAAUUGUAAAUAUAUUCUGUGAAGCGCAAUGCAGUGCCUCGUGAGUGUAUAAUUCGCGUUUAACCGACUCAUCAGUGAAUAACUGCGUGCCUAAUACGAACCCAUGGGUACAGGACGGUCCACUUAUGGCUCCAUAGCCAAGCCAAGCCCCGGCCAGGAAGAAUGUACUCUACAGCGUGCAUGGCUUCGGCAACAGACAGUUGUCGGUGGUUAUAACGACGAUUCUUUAAACGAAAAAUAAUUGUAAAAAUUCUGCUAAACUAAUAUCGGUACAAAAGAAAGGCUUUUUUUAAUACAAAACACAAACACACGCUGCAAAAGUUACGGCUUUUUCCAAAACUGCAUUUAUGGUGAAAGAGGAAGCGAGAAAUGCGUGACCGUACCGUUGCAUUCUCACAACCUGUGCCCAAGCGAUCUCCUCACGGGUUCCUGAUGGCAGAAUCACGCCGUCUCUUUCGACGAAUCCCUGAACGCGGGGAUGCUAAAUAAUAAGAGGUUUGCACUUGUUGUUUCCUGCGGCAGUCCUGAGACACAGCUGUAGCCUGGACCACCUUGCGCGGAGUGCCUUCCUGAUGAUGCUUUGGGAAAACUGGCUUCAAAUGAUUCUUCAAUGAUAAGUCCAAAAAGGUUUAAUUACAGAAACAAACGCAAAAAAAA